UGAGAGUGAGAAAGUAAUUUUAAUUUUUCAAUUAAAAAAUGGUUUAAUAAUCAAAAUCAAUUGAAAAUCGAAUAAAUAAUAAAUCGACAAGCCAGAGAAUAAAACAAGAACUCUUAACUCAGUGGAUGAAAUAAUUGUCCACUCGAUAAAUAAACAAUAAAUAAAAAUCUAAAUUCGACGAAUUAAUUUGAAAAAUCGACGUUCGGAGUGUUUUUUUUUUCGCUGGAGUUAAUUACCAAGUGAUAUCGGUGAUAUGAUCAUUAAUCAGAGAUUAUUGAUACCCCCACUCCAGGAAUUGUCUAAAUUGUUAUCAAUUCGUGACGUACGCAAAUAGAAUUUGAUAAUUCAUCGGAUUCCCCGAGAGAUUAAGUGUGAAAAUGAGAUAGUGGUGGUGACAAAGUGAAAUGUGCGCUCCUGAGAGACAAUUGUUCAGUGGUACCUAGUCCAUCGGUCAUUGCGGUAUUAUCUUUUUUUUUUUAAAUAAAUUCCACGUGGCGAGAGGAAAAAUGGCACAUGCUGUUGAGAAUCCGGAGGAAAAGCAGAGAAAGAAAAAUACUGAUGAUUUAUUCGAACCAGCACCACCCCCCGAUGGGGGGUGGGGGUGGGCGGUGGUUUUCGCAUCCUUCAUGAUUCAUAUCGUCACCGAUGGUGUGACCUACUCAUUCGGUGUAUUUCACGUUGAGCUACGCAAUUAUUUCGGAGCUGGAGACGGCGCCACAGCAUGGAUUGCUUCAAUUCUCGUUGGAAUUACUCUUUGCUCUGGACCAAUUGCCAGUAUUUUUGUUAAUAAAUACGGAUGCCGCAUGGUGACGAUCGUAGGAGCGAUUCUCUCCAGCAUCUGUCUUCUGAUGAGCCACUGGGCCCAGAGUAUAAUUAUUCUAUACUUCACCAUCGGUCUGGGAACAGGUCUUGGAUUCGGUCUUAUUUAUCUUCCGGCGAUCGUCUCGGUGACCUGUUACUUCGAGAAACUCAGGUCAUUCGCCACGGGAAUAGCUGUUUGUGGAUCUGGACUGGGUACUCUUGUUUUUGCACCUUUUAUUGAGUAUCUCAUCGUGGAAUAUGGGUGGAGAGGAGCGAUGCUCAUUACAUCAGCACUUGUCCUCAAUUGCAUUAUCUUUGGGAUCAUGUUCAGACCACUGGAGCCAAUUAGAAAGGCUAUGGACAUUCCCCUGCUGGAGUUGAGCAAACCUGAAGCUCCCACGAGCUUCAAGGUUCCUCAGACUAAUGGACUCUCAUCCAACGGUUUUGACAGACCCCACAGUGUGACGAAUGUCAAUCACACGAAAUAUCAAUUAAUUCCUGAGAGUGAGGAUAAGGAAAAUCUCAUGAGAAUUGCACUGAGUCAACCAGUCCUCAUCUCCAAAACUGGACAUUCCCAUCGGUCCAGGGACUUUGGCAGUGGUCUCAUGCACAGGAAGGACAUCCUGUACCAGAAGAGCCUUGAAAAUAUCCGGAAACGAUCAGCAUCUCUGGGUUCUCGAGACCUGCACAUUACCCUCAGGGGAUCCCUCUCGAGUCUUCCCAAUGGUAUAGAAGAGAAACAGGGGCAGAAUAAUAAUUCUAAACAGACAAAACCACUGAGUGCUUUUCAACAAAUGUUACAACUCUCUUUACUGAAGGAUCCCGUGUUCCUGCUGUUUGUUUUCUCAAACUUCUGUACGAGCAUCGGAUUUAACGUGCCUUAUGUAUAUAUUAUAGGUUUAGCUGAAGGAGUUCAAAUAACGAGGGAAUCAGCAUCAUAUCUAUUAUCAGUGAUAGGUAUCGCAAACACUGUUGGACGAAUCGUUCUCGGUUUUGUCGCGGACAAACCCUCGAUUAAUCGUUUAGCCAUCUACAAUAUUUGCUUGACAAUUUGUGGAAUUUCGACAGUAUUAGGAGCAUUUUCUCCCUCGUACACUUGGUUUGUUAUUUAUGCAUCUGUGUACGGAUUUACUGCCGGUGCUUAUGUGGGACUGACGUCUGUCAUCCUAGUCGAUCUCCUGGGGCUCGAUUUACUGACCAACGCCUUUGGGCUGUUGUUGCUCUUUCAAGGAUUGGCGUCAUUACUUGGCCCUCCAAUUGCUGGAUGGCUGAGAGAUGGUCUAGGGUCUUAUAAACCUGGUUUUGUGGGAGCUGGACUGAUGAUUGCGAUCAGCGGUCUCAUAUUGUUCUUAAUACCAGUUUUACAGAGAAAAGUCAGGAGGAAAGAGGAGAGAAUAACGGCUCUAGUUGUACAAUCUUAGGAGAACGAAUAAAUAUUGUUUUAUUACUGCUCAA